UAGCGAGCGGGCGGGCGCACGCGUGACGCACUACGCUCAGACGAGGGACGAAAGCACCCAAUGGCGUGCUCCCGGAGGCGGGGCAGAAUGGGUUUCGGGAUCAAUAAGAAGCAGAGGCUCCUGCGAACAUGGCGGAGGUGAUAUCUCCGAGCUCCAGCAGCGACUCAGAGCCGGAGGUGAUCCCGAAGAAGCCUUCCCUCAAGCGGCGCCGCUUCUUCACUGACAACGCCGUCGCCGCCGUCCCUGUUUACUCCACCAAGGUUCAAAAGAGUCUGCAGCUUCUUCCCAAGUCUCUGAAACUGUCCUAUAUACCCCAGAUACUCAACACAUCAGAUGAUGAGGAAGACACAAUUUCUUCAGAGAAGACGCAGGUGGUGGAAGAAACAAGAUGUCAAAAUAUGUCACCCUCACCUCCUCCGCCUCCGCCUCCACCUCGGCUAAGAAGAGCGUGCCGUAGAGACAAAUGUUCCUGUAACCAAUCUGGCUGCCGUAUUUUGAACCAGUUGGAGUUUCCGAACUUGGUACAAGGAAUUCUUAAACAGAGGCUUGAGAGUCUGACCUCUUCUCUCUCAGCUGCCAAGAAGAGUUUGCAGGAUGAGGAAACAGAUGCAGACAGUAAUGAUGUAAUUCUGAUUGAUGCUUCUGACUCCCAGGAGUUGUUGCUGAAAGUCCGAUGUCGAGCUGACCUCCACAGAGUCUCGAUCCGGAUGACAGAUCCUCUUCAGAAAGUGAUUGAACACAUGGGGCAGACGCUGAAGGUUCCCCCAAACAGAAUACUUCUCCUGCUUCGUGAUCGAGAACUUGCAGCUGAUGCAACUCCUGGCAGACUAGGCCUGGGUGUGGCUGAUAUUGUGGAUUGCAUAGUUGAAACAAAUAACAAACAGAGCAGUGACUCUGGAAACCUGCAGCUCCGGGUGCAAGGAAAGGACAAAAGCUCUGAGAUGGAGAUAACUGUUCAGAAGGGAGAGCCAUUGCAAGUGCUUAUGAAUCACUACCGCCAGGCCCAGGGUCUUGGCAGACGCAAGCUUGUCUUCCAUUUUGAUGGACAGAAAUUAAUGGAAACUUGGACUCCUGAAGAAUUAGGGAUGGAGUCUGGGGAUGUCAUCGAAGUGUGGAGCUAGAAGCCAUGUCUUCAAAGAGACCGCAGUCCCUGUGAUUCCGGCUUUGACUUAAUUGCGCCCCAGUAAUUCCUCUGGUUUUGGUCUUCAUUGUGACAAAUAGGGCUAAAAUGAUUUUUUUUUCUAUAAGAACAAAGAUGGGACACUUGCUACACUUGGGUUAAGCAUUCUUUGGAAAGCCACAUCACCUGCUUUUCAGCUAUUGCGGAGAUCACUGUGCACUACUACAGAGGCAGUUUUGAAGUAAUGUCACAUCAGUUCUGGUUGUCUUUGAGAACUUGUUUGGGUAUUUUUUAUAUUUCAGAGUGGGGCUGCCAAAAUAGCAGUUUUAACCAUCCCAAAGCUUGUGGGAUUGGGUUAUGUAUGAAUUUGUAUGUGUGAGGCUGUCGGGGAUCCCUAGGUCUGCAUCGGAUUCCUCCAAGGUCAACAUGCCUCCCCCCACCUCUUUCAAGACUUAUGUAAAGCAGUUGUGUAGAUUUUGUAUCAUUGUAAACCUCUCCAUGUCUAUUGUUAUCUUUAUGUUGAAGUGACUACAGUGUAAAGUGAACUACAUAGCAUAAAAGUUAUAUACUUUUAAACACGAGAAUACCAUAUCCAUUUUAAUUCAUGCCAGGUUUCCCUGUACUUUUAAGCUUACUUUCAGUGCUACACAUAAUGUUCAGGAUCCUUUCUGCCAAGGAGUAGUGUACUCCCCUUCAAUCAAACAACAAAUUGCAAUUCACACAUGCAGACUGUGAAACAUACUGUUGGAACUGUCAUCUUUUAACUAUGCAGCCAUCUUGCCUUCAGCAAGGAAGGGAUAUAAAAGGGGCUCCAGACAAACCCUACAAUGUCUCACAGUUGAAUGGUGCUAGUUAAUAUGUCGUUCUUGAUAUCUGGAGACUCACCUCUGAUCUACAGCAUCAGUUUCAAAGUCAAACUUAUCUGUAGAGCUAAGGAGACCUAGGCCUCUUCUACACUGCCAUAAAUAAUUCAGAUUAUCUGCUUUGAACUGGAUUAUAUGGCAGUGUAGACUCAUAAAACCCAGUUCAAAACAGAUAAUAUGGAUUAUCUGCUUUGAUAAUCUGGAUUAUAUGGCAGUGUAGAGGGGCCCUUAGUUUUUCGACUACAUCUCCUAGAACUGGCCUAGCAUGAUUCUAAGAGUUGUAGUUCCAGAAUGUAAUGUGUUUGAAUUUCUUAGUGUCUUCCUUUAGCUUUUUAAAAAUAUCAGCAGUAUUUAAUCGUUAUUUAUUUACUCCUACUUUCUGUUUUGCCAAUGUUGGAAAAACAGCACACAAUAUUUAUGAAAUCGUUUUCUCCAAAUAAAGCAAAUCUAGUCCUGCAGUAA